AUGCCAAACCUACUCCUGCAAAAUUUGGCACUUCGCUGCUUAACGAAAACCAGUUAACCACACUGGAGCCUGAAUAAGCGCGUCUUUCACGGAAGACAGAACGAUGCCCCGUAACAAGUCAGGGCCAGAAAAUGUGAAGGCGGCAGCAAAGCCGCCAACGAAGUGCUUGAAAACGAAGUCUCUUGCGGGGAAGGGGCUCACCAAUGCCCAGCGUUCAGCAUAUUUCUCACGGAGAGAAGCUGCUAAGGUGUUGCGCACCUUGCUGCAAGGAGACUCUCGGCGCCGAGCUGUCGGCUCGAUCAAGUCGUUAGUGUAUGGGCCAUCAGUCAGGAACAAGAGAGCUGUGUAUGCUCUCGUAUGCGAAACUCUCAAGCAUCUUUCCAUAAUAAAGGAUGUGUUAGGGGCUUCCAAAGCACUGAACGGAAAAUGGAAGAGACAAGAAGAAUUAGUCUAUAUAGUGACAUAUGACAUCCUGUUCGGACCGGAAGAUGCAUUAGCUGGUGAUGCUGAAAAGUUUCUACUGCUGAGGAAGGAUGCAUUGCAGUCGGCUCUAGCUCGACUUUUAGUGAGAAGGGGAGUAAGAAAUGUGAAUGAGCUAAUUACUCCUCAUGAUGCUCAAAAAUGUCGUUAUGUUCGUGUAAAUACUCUUAAAAUGGAUGUUGACUCUGCCUUACUUGAGUUGGGGAAAAAAUUUGAGGUCCAAAAGGAUGAUUUGAUCCCUGACUUGUUAGUAUGCCCAUCUGGUACUGACUUGCAUGACCAUCCUUUUGUAAAGACUGGAAUUGUGUUUUUGCAGGGUAAGGCAAGUUCCAUGGUGGCUACAUCACUUAGCCCUAAACCUGAAUGGGAGGUAAUUGAUGCUUGUGCUGCACCUGGUAACAAAACUGUCCAUCUGGCUGCUCUUAUGAACGGAAAGGGAAAGGUUCAUGCUUGUGAGUUAGAUAAAGAGAGGUUUAAAAUUUUAAAACACACUGUUGAAUUGGCUGGUGCAGCUAAUGUGCAUGUCAUGCAUGAGGACUUCCUUAAUUUGAGUCCAGAAGAUCCAUUGUAUUCAAAGGUUCGUGCAAUACUUUUGGAUCCAUCUUGCUCUGGAUCUGGGACUGCUUUUGAUAGGCUGGACCACCUUCUCCCAUCGGCCAGUGGAGGUACACUCGAUACUCUUGACUUGGAUAGACUACAAAACCUUGCAAAUUUCCAAAAGAAAGCUUUGGAACAUGCAUUACGUUUUCCAGCAGUGGAGAGAAUUGUAUACAGUACUUGCUCUAUUCACCAAAUCGAGAAUGAAGAUGUUAUCCACUCUCUGCUACCGUUUGCCACAUCUCAUGGAUUUGAACUGGAAACCGUUCUUCCCCAAUGGCCUCACCGUGGUCUUCCAGUUAUGGCUGGAUCUGAAAAUUUGUUGCGAACUGACCUGGUGAAGGAUAAAGAAGGCUUCUUCAUUGCUAUGUUUGCAAGGUCUGGAAAAGAAGAUCAUUCUGUAAAACCUAUGGGGAUGGAAGGCAGUACUACUCCAAACACACCUCUUCGAACUAGACCAAAAAGAAAAAGGAGACACUUGAAUUUGUUCUUCCCCAAAAUGUUUAGAACAAUGUGGUAUGCAAAAAAUUACCUCACAACCAAAAAAUAAAUGAAUGUUGUAGAAGACUAAAGUUAUUCUGUUGUAAGAGUAGUAUUUUACAGUUAUUUAUGAUGUAGUACUUUUGAUUUGAAACCAUUCAAAUAUCCCCACUCUUUUGGUCCAAAUGGUGUUGUCCCGGAACCAGACUGAAACAAGAGGAGCUGUGAACCGGAAUGAGACAGUUAAACCACCCAAGCUUUUGCCCAUUGGGAUGGUUCUGAAGCUGGACCAGUAUUAUGUACUGGUUAAUGCUGGGUUACAGUCUUGGUUCCCCCUAAAAUGGCAGUAGACAGGCCAGUCCAAUUCCUGAUAGGUGGAUACAACAACAAUUUCUUUAUCACUUUGUUUAUGAGAAUAAUUUGUAUGGGCAAAGCGGGAAAAUUAAUCUAUACUACUCUUCUCAAACUAAGCUAAUCCCUUUUAGAGUUACAGGCUUACACGAAGAACAAUCAAUCCUGUCGCCACACGUGGAUGUUUUUACUUGGACAAAAAUUUGCCGUGUAUGUCGUGUUUACUCGGUGGCUAUGGGGACUCAGGAGGUUUAUGAAGAGAGGUUGAGAACAGGGAAUCUGCAUCAUGAUCCGACUAUCAAGCCUGGACUGGGUUCUGCUCGCUGUCCUCGCUGUCUGUCUCUCUUAAACCCCACCUCUGACAAGUGACAACGCAGAAUGGACAAUCACACCGUUUUGCACGACUUUACUGCGGUGGCUGGCUCUGUAAUGGGCGGAAUGCUUAGCACAGUCUAUGGGUUGAACACAGGAAUCCCCUUUGUUCAGAAGCGUGUCAAGGGACCAAAGUGGCUUCCUUUUAUAUUUGGGGUUUCUCCACUUCUGAUGUUUUCUGCAGCUAGUGCAGCAUUUGGUGUCUGGUAAUUAUGCACUUCCCCAAAAUUUACAAGACCUCAUAUUAUGCUGCUUCAAGUGCAUCACAUCAUGGUAUAUCAUUGCUUACAAGGCACAUUGAAGAAUCACAUAUUGCAGGCGCUCAAUGCGAAAAACUCAGCUGAUUACGUCCAGAUGCACAUACUGAGUCAUCUUUCAAUUUUGUAGCUAAUAUUGUGUAUAUUUGAAUCUAGUCUUAUGAAUACAGUCAAUGCCGUAGUGCUUGACUUAUGGUUGUCUAUGAGUUGAUGUUUUUUGGAUCAGCCAAAUACUUGAAAUUUUUGUUCAGUUCGACUAAUGUUAAAAAAAUAUCGUGUUUACUUUGUU